CCACCGCCGUGGGAUUUAGGAGAGAUGAGCCAAUCCCCCGCAGAUCCAGGGGUUAGGAUUUCUGGCUGCCGGGCACUGGGAGCUGAAGGCGGCGCAGACACCUUGGACAGGCUGCUGCCCACAAUUGUCGGAACCAGGUCCCCCCGGAAGCGCACCACCAGCCAGUCCAAAUCGGAGCCCCCCCUUCUGCGCACCAGUAAAAGGACCAUCUACACCGCGGGCCGGCCCCCCUGGUACAACGAACAUGGCACGCAGUCAAAAGAGGCAUUCGUUAUCGGUAAGAGGCCUGGGGGUGGCAGCGCUUCCGGGAAGACCACGGUGGCGAGGAUGAUCAUCGAGGCGCUGGACGUGCCGUGGGUGGUCUUGCUCUCCAUGGACUCCUUCUACAAGGUUCUGACGAAAGAGCAGCAGGAACUGGCUGCCAGCAAUGAUUUCAACUUUGACCACCCCGACGCCUUUGAUUUUGACCUGAUCAUCGCCACUCUCAAAAAACUCAAGCAAGGGAAAAGCGUGAAGAUCCCCAUUUAUGACUUCACCACCCACAGUCGCAAGAAGGAAUGGAAAAUGCUUUAUGGAGCCAACGUGAUUAUAUUUGAAGGUAUUAUGGCAUUUGCCGAUAAGGAGCUCCUGAAGCUUCUGGACAUGAAAAUAUUUGUGGACACUGACUCGGACAUCCGUCUGGUUCGGCGUUUGCGCAGGGACAUCAGCGAACGGGGCCGAGACAUCGAGGGAGUCAUCAAGCAGUACAACAAGUUUGUCAAGCCGGCCUUUGACCAGUAUAUCCAGCCCACCAUGAGACUGGCAGACAUUGUUGUCCCACGAGGCAGUGGAAAUACUGUUGCUAUUGACUUGAUCGUCCAGCAUGUGCACAGCCAGCUGGAGGAGCGUGAACUCAGCGUCAGGGCAGCGCUGGCUUCUGCUCACCAGUGCCACCCUCUCCCCAAGACCCUCAGCGUCCUGAAGAACACCCCGCAGGUCAAGGGAAUGCACACCAUUAUCCGAAACAAGGAGACAAGCCGGGAUGAGUUUAUUUUCUACUCCAAACGGCUGAUGCGCCUUCUAAUUGAGCAUGCGUUAUCUUUUCUCCCCUUCCAGAGCUGCACAGUGCAGACCCCACAAGGCCAGGACUAUGAAGGUUGCACAUAUAGCGGGAAGCAAAUUACAGGGGUGUCCAUUUUGAGGGCUGGAGAGACCAUGGAACCAGCCCUGCGGGCUGUCUGCAAGGAUGUCCGGAUCGGCACAAUCUUGAUUCAGACGAACCGAUACACAGGGGAGCCAGAGCUCCACUACCUGAGACUCCCAAAGGACAUUAGUGAAGAUCACGUGAUUUUGAUGGACUGCACGGUCUCCACGGGGGCAGCCGCUAUGAUGGCCGUGAGGGUGUUGCUGGUAAGGAAAUGAGAAUAGCCAGGAUGGAAAAGGGGAAGAGCGUGUGGGAGAAAGGACAGAGCUUCUCAUGGCAGCAAAGUGGAGGAAGUCUUAUUGUUUGAUAGAAUUCUUGCGUUAGAAGUCAAUCUUCAGGCCACCUAAUAAAUUAUAAUAGUGCUUCAACCUCAGCAACGUGAAGGUGUGUGGA